UUUUUCUGCACCACAGCCCCGCGUUUUAAUCGGAUUACAACAGACAUCAGAAAUUCAAGACCGACGCGGAAGAUCAUGAUUACCAGUGGAGCUACUUCGUGAGUACUAUGAUCAACGUACAUGGCACGAUGCAGGACACGGAGUUCUUCACGCAAUGAAUCCGGCGAAUGGGACAGAGAAUGAGGCAGAAACAGAUGACUACAUUUUCGGCGCAGGCACUUACAAACUUCUUGCCUUUACCAUCGGAGCUAUUGGGGUCUUUGGUUUCUGCAACAACAUCCUUGUCAUUGCGUUGUACUACAGAUUUAAGAGACUCCAGACGCCUACGAAUUUGUUACUGGUCAACAUAAGUAUAAGCGACUUGCUGGUGUCUCUUUUCGGGAUUAACUUUACCUUUGUUUCAUGCAUUAAAGGAGGGUGGAUAUGGAAUUCAGCAACAUGCGUCUGGGAUGGCUUCAGCAACAGUUUUUUUGGUAUUGUGUCCAUUAUGACGCUGUCCGCUCUGGCCUACGAGCGCUACAUCCGGGUGGUGCACGCCAAGGUAGUUGACUUCCCCUGGGCCUGGAGGGCCAUCACGCAUAUCUGGCUGUACUCGCUGGCCUGGACAGGAGCCCCUCUGCUUGGGUGGAACCGCUACACCCUGGAGAUCCACCAGCUGGGCUGCUCCCUGGACUGGUCCUCCAAGGACCCCAACGAUGCCUCCUUCAUCCUCCUCUUCCUAAUGGGCUGCUUCUUCGUGCCGGUGGGGAUGAUGGUCUAUUGCUACGGCAACAUCCUCUACACAGUGCGGAUGCUUCGGUCGAUCGAAGACCUCCAGACAGUUCAGAUCAUUAAAAUCCUUCGCUAUGAGAAAAAGGUGGCAGUCAUGUUCCUGUUGAUGAUUUCCUGUUUCCUGGUGUGCUGGACUCCAUAUGCUGUGGUGUCCAUGCUCGAGGCCUUCAGCAAAAAUUACGUCAUCACACCCACGGUUGCCAUCAUACCCUCUCUUUUUGCAAAGUCCAGCACGGCCUACAACCCCAUAAUCUACAUAUUUAUGAGCAGAAAGUUCCGUCGGUGUGUCCUGCAGUUGCUGUGCGUCCGUCUGUCGGGACUGCAGCGCAGCAUUAAAGAGCGCCCCCUGGCCAGCGUGGAGCGCCCCAUCCGCCCCAUCGUCAUGUCCCAGCGAGGCUCUGGCGACCGGCCCAAGAAGAGGGUGACGUUCAGCUCGUCUUCCAUCGUCUUCAUCAUCGCCAGCAACGACGCCGAGCGCCUGGACGUCACCUCCGUGAACGACGCGUCCGAGGUCAACGUCAUUCAGGUGCGGCCUCUGUGACGGCUGCCCACGGACGCCCCGCAGAGGCCCCGCAGAUGCCCCGCAGACCCCCCACAGAGGCCCCACGGACGCCCCACAGACGCCCCGCAGACAGCCCACGGACCCCCCACAGACGCCCCAC